UUCUUGAUAGGAACGAAUAAAGCUGUUUCCCCAUAAAACCCCAAACAAGAAACCAAGCCACGCGCAUACUUCCAAAAUGUAUAGUUAACUUGAAGCCUUUCUUUCCAAGUUUUCAACCCCCCAGAAGUUUCUUCCUUCUCCUUUUGAAAAUUGAAUUCAAAUGGGGAUUGUUUGACAGCUUGGUCAAGGAAAAGCCUCUACCUUUCACACUUGCAAACACAGAACCAGUUCCCAUUCACGGGCUAAGGGCUAAGGCUAGGCUGGGCAGCCCCCCUUUUCGCUCAUUUCUCUCCCCUUCUGCUCCUAUUCCUAUUUUUUUCAGCUGUGGAGCUGCUCUGUCUCGGGCGAGAGCUUUCCUUUGAGCAUACGGUUGAUGGGGUCCUGCCUCAGUGCUAGGAUUAAAGCUGAGAGCCCUCUUCACAAUGGGUUGAACUCGAAAUAUGCAAGCAAAGAUGGAAACGAUAAAGGCAGUUCAACCAGCAAUUCCUUGUCUGCCUCGACCCCUCGGACUCCUCGAACAGAGGGCGAGAUCUUGCAGUCCUCCAACUUGAAAAACUUUACCUACAAUGAGCUUAAAACUGCCACCCGAAACUUCCGGCCAGAUAGUGUCCUGGGAGAGGGCGGUUUCGGUUCUGUCUUUAAGGGGUGGAUUGAUGAGCAGUCCUUUGCAGCUACCAAGCCUGGGACUGGCUUGGUCAUUGCAGUAAAAAGGCUGAACCAGGAAGGUUUCCAGGGUCACAGAGAAUGGCUGACAGAAAUUGACUAUCUGGGACAGCUGCAUCAUCCUAAUCUUGUGAGAUUGAUUGGCUUUUGCUUAGAGGAUGAACAUCGACUUCUCGUGUAUGAGUUUAUGCCCCGGGGUAGCCUGGAAAAUCAUUUAUUUAGGAGGAGUUCUAACUUUCAACCUCUAUCAUGGAGCCUCCGAAUGAAAGUUGCCCUCGGUGCCGCUAAAGGUCUAGCUUUUCUACAUAGCGAUGAAGCGAAAGUAAUCUACCGGGACUUCAAAAGCUCUAAUAUCUUGCUUGAUUCGAACUAUAAUGCGAAGCUCUCUGAUUUCGGAUUGGCCAAGGAUGGACCUUCAGGUGAUAGAAGCUAUGUUUCUACUAGGGUAAUGGGAACGUAUGGCUAUGCAGCUCCUGAAUAUAUGAUCACAGGUCAUCUAACUGCCAAGAGCGACAUAUAUAGUUUUGGAGUUGUUCUUCUCGAAAUCUUAUCGGGGAGACGAGCUAUAGACAAAAACCGACCAUCUGGAGAACACAACCUAGUGGAAUGGGCAAAGCCUUACCUCACUAGCAAAAGAAGAGUUCUCCAAAUGAUGGACGCACGUAUCGAAGGCCAGUAUUCUACGGGAGCAGCGCUGAAAGCAGCUAAACUUGCCAUUCAAUGCAUAUCCACCGUACCCAAGUUAAGGCCGAACAUGAACGCAGUGGUGAAAAUAUUGGAGCAGCUUCAGGAUUCCAGUGAAACCGGUGGGUCAAGGGGCCCUGUAAGCGAACCCCUUAAAAAUUAUAGUCAAGGCAGCAGUAGUGGCUCCACAAAUAACAAAGCUAUUUCAUAUCCUAGACCAUCUGCUUCUGUACUCAAUCUAUAGAAAAUGAGAUGAAAUAAAAGGUAAAGAUUGUGUUUGGAUAACACACUCAUGUUUGUACUAAAACACUGUAUAGUUGUUUCUUUGCUUAAUUUUUUCCCGAAUCUGUUUCUCCUUGUGUUUCCUGUUCUGACUCGAUAAGAAUAAGAUUGAAUUCCACUAAGACUAGGCAUCAGAAGUUUGAAACAACUUGUUCCAAACAUAAAGCUUUAACCAAAUGAAAAAGAUAUAGAGUUGAAUAUAGUGGAAAAGUUGAAAUGACAUCGGGUUUCUGCAUGUAACAGAACAGUGCUGUAAUUAUCAGAAAAAGUUGUUUAUGGGAAUGUAAUGAUUUUGUUCU